AUGGACAACACCACGAUGCUCGAGAACAAACACUUCGACGAGAAGAUGAUGUCCGAAGAGGGUGGUGGCCUACAGCUGGUGCUGAGUAUCCGCGACGCAACCGUGACCGAGACCGAUGAGAAUCGAAACGGACAGUUCCAUCGUUCCUUCACGCCUCGUCAGGUCCACAUCAUCUCCCUUGGCUCCAACAUCGGUAGCGGUCUCUUCAUCGCCACGGGCAAGGCUCUGGCGACGGGUGGUCCUGGCAACAUGGUCGUCGCAUACCUGAUGGUUUGCAGCUGCGUGUGGGCUGUUCUACAAUCCUUGUCGGAGAUGACCAUAGCAUUCCCGGUGUCUGGCAACUAUAUCGACUAUGCGGAUCGAUGGGUUGACCCUGCCCUUGCCUUCGGAGCGGGCUUCGCGGAGUGGCUGGGUUGGACCGCCAUUGUUGCCGCAGAAGCUGGCUUUUUCAACGUCUUGGUUCAAUACUGGGCCGAGGGUUCGUUUCCACAGGCGGCGACGAUCACCAUCUUCCUCCUCGUCUGCAUGGUCAUCUUCCUUCUGCCGAAUACUGUCUUCGCCUGGUUCGAAUAUGUGACAUCACUUAUCAAGAUCUUUCUCUUCCUUCUCGUCAUCACAUUGUCUCUGGUGCUCACACUCGGUGCUGGUCCCAAAGGCUAUGUCCACCACGGAGAGACGUGGACUGAACACCCUGCGUUUUUGAAUGGCUUUUCGGGCUUUGCCAAUGCUGCCUUGCUCGCGACAUGGGCGGUGGGUGAUCAGGUUUUCAUCGGCAUCAUCGGUGGCGAGGCCAAGAAUCCACGAUAUUCAAUGGCUCAUGCGACGAAACUGGUGCCGUUCCGAGUCAACUUCAUCUAUAUGGUCAGCAUUAUUUUCAUCACGAUCCUGGUGCCAUCCAACGACGAUCGACUUUUGGGCGGAUCUGGCGUCGCAGCCUCACCGUUCGUGAUUGCGAUCCAAGAUUCCGGCAUCCCGGGAAUCGCUUCCCUUCUCAAUGCCGGCAUGAUGUGCGGUGUUCUUGCUAUUGCUGCCGAAAGCGUCUAUCUCUCUUCGCGAAUCCUCCGAACCAUGGCACACCAGAGACUGGUCCCUGAGCGUCUGGCUCGAGUGGACGCCAAGGGUCGACCCAGGUUAGCUCUGCUGAUCACCUGCAUCACCGCCACAUUCUUGGGCUAUAUCCAAUUGAGCUCUGGCGGCCUGACCGCGUUGAACUGGCUGGUGUCGUUAACCAGUGCAUCGUUCUUUUCCAACUGGAUCAUCAUUUCCUUCACCAAUUGGCGGUUCCACUGUGCGCUCAAGGCGCAGAACGACCCUCUCUUCACCGAGGUAUACGCGUGGAAGUCGUCUCUGUGGCCUCUGGCACCGGCCUGGCUCAUGCUGAUCUCGCUCUUCCUGCUUGUGUGCUGCCUUGCCGCUGGAAUCAAUCCAAUUGGUGAUGCCGGAUUUACCGCGGAAAACUUUUUCCAGUACAUGAUCGGUGUCCUGGUGAUCGUGGGAUUCACCAUCGCAUACAAGCUUAUCCUGCGGACGACGUGGCGCAAUCCCAAGUUUGCCGACCUCAAGACCGGCCGGAGACCUUUGAGCGUUGAAGACAUCAACCAGCUCGAUGCCUACUACAGAAUGAGCACAUGGAGGAGAUUCUUGACCUAUGUACAGUUAUGGUAA